CAACUCUUUUAUUCCGUAUCGCUCGUUCUUUCUCUCUCGAUCUCGAUUCUUCGUUUCAAUAUCUAGGGUUUUUGCCGUCAUAUACUUUGCUCUUUUGCUUCGUAUCUAUUCUCUGCGUUUUGUUUUUCUUGGAUUGAAGUUGUUGAGAGCUUAAUUCGUUGCGGCAUUGUAAUCCGAAUUUAUCAAAUCAGGUAUCUGUUUUCGUUUUCGCCGCCUUGAUUUUAUGGCGUUCUUCGUUUUAUCUGUAUUUUUGUUGUAAUGAUUGUGUAAUUUUUGGAUUCGAUGAUCUUUUUUAUUUGUUGGUUUACUUUAUAUGUUUUGAUCUUUUGAUUUGAUUUGUGUGCUUAUUUUAUUAUUGUUCAUGGAGUAUAAAUAUUAUUCUGUUUCCGUUCUUUAUAUAUCUGUUUUUUGUGUUUUGAUCCUUUAUAUUUCUGUUUUUUGUGUUUUGAUCGUUGUUUUUUUUUUUUUUAUGAUUAUCAUUUGCGUCUGUUAUUUAAGAUUUCCAUUCGAUGUGUCGGUUUGUGGAUGUAUUUGCUCUAUAAUUGUCAUGUCUGUCGAACUGUAUAACUGGGACCUGUUAUACAUUUAUUGGUUGAUCUUGUAUGUUCAAUCUUUUUCUUUUGCUAUUCUGGUUUUACCUUUUUAUUGUUUUCUUUAGUUUGUUAUUUUUUUAUAAAAAAUUUUCAUUGUUCAUUGAUUUCGAUGUGUACGAAUUAUUGAAAAUUUAGGCCCGUUGUUUUAGAUUUUACUUAAAAUUAUUUUAAAUGAUUUUAUUUUGAAAUAAAUUAUUUUUAAAAGAUUGAUGUUUAAAGGAUUGAUUUAAAAGUGAGUUUAGAAUAAUUAAUUUUAUUUAAAUAGUGAGGUAGCAUAAUUUUUUAAACGUAAAUACAGGUACUUUCCAUUUAUUUUUCAUGUCUUUCACCCACAAUCGAUUUUACCAACCUUGAGGCAAAUUGUUUUUACUCUUUUGAUGUUAGAGAAUUUAUACAUCAUUAUUUGGAAUCUAUAAAUCAAAUUUUUGUCUUGCGUACGGGAACUGUGAAUUAAAAGUGCAUGAUAAAUCCCUAGAUUUUGGUGGAGCUAGAGUUUUUUUUUUUUCAAGGAGGCUAAGAAAGAGAGUAUAAUAUAUGAUAAAAAAAUAAACCUUUAUUUUUAAGGUUGUGCUAGCCUUGUUUCAUAAAAUAACAUAAUCAAUCAUCACAUUGUGAAGAAGAAAUCAUUUUGUAUGUUGUCGUGAACCUUACUUCUUAUACCUUCAUAGCUACAAAGUAUAAUUUACAAUAGUCAUGACUCAUGGGAGCGAGAGUAAUUCAUCUUGGUUAUAUACACAAGAAGAAUUAAAAUUAAUUGUGGCAAUUUGUCAACCAACAAUUACUUCGUAAAUCUCAAUUAGUUUUUUUUGUUUUCUUUAUUUUUAAUUAUUAUAAUAAAUAAAUGAUUUGUUGAAUAAUAAUAAGAGGAUUCUUAUAAAUAUAUAUUUUGUAUGAAUUAGAAGAUGUAUAAAAUUUUUCGGGGUGAUCACGGCAUAUUUAGUCAUCCAAUGUCUCUACCCUUUCCUAGAUUUAGUUAUUUUGUUGCCAAUGGUAUUCUUGCGUUCUGUUUCUCUUAUUUUCCUGGAUUGAUUUAGGAGUUCAGACAAAUGCUAAUAUAUGUCUGUUGAUUGUGUUGUCAUAGGUCUGAAUGAACUAAUGGAGUCCAAAGGUGGUAAGAAGAAGUCUAGUAGUAGUAGUAAAUCAUUGUUCUACGAAGCUCCCCUCGGCUACAGCAUUGAAGACGUUCGUCCAAACGGUGGAAUCAAGAAGUUCAGAUCUGCUGCUUACUCCAACUGCGCUCGCAAGCCAUCCUGAUAUCCCACCGGAUAGACAUUUCCUUGCAUGCAACCAGUGUUUUAUUAGCAGUUUUUUUGUUUUCUUUUAGGUUUAGUUACUACUCUCCUUCAAACAUCUUUCCAAUCCCUCUCUUUGCGAUUGUACUCUCUGCUGGUUCCUAUUGCAUUCAUAUCUCCUGAAACAUGGCCAUGCCUGUGUCUGCAAUUGGUUUUGAAGGUUAUGAAAAGAGGUUGGAAAUAUCCUUUUUCCAACCAGGAGUUUUUUCUGACCCCGAAGGAAGGGGUUUGAGAGCUCUUACAAAAUCCCAGUUGGAUGAGAUUCUAACACCAGCUGCGUGCACCAUUGUUUCUUCUCUUUCAAAUGAUGACGUUGACUCCUAUGUUCUGUCUGAGUCUAGCCUCUUUGUUUAUCCCUACAAGAUCAUCAUUAAAACCUGUGGCACUACCAAGUUACUGCAUGCGAUCCCACCCAUAUUGAAGUUAGCUGGGGUCCUUUCCCUUAAUGUUAGAUCUGUACGGUACACGAGGGGAAGUUUCAUUUUUCCUGGUGCUCAGCCAUAUCCCCAUCGGAAUUUUUCUGAGGAAGUAGCUAUCCUUGAUGGCUACUUUGGGAGGCUUGGGUCAGGCAGCAUGGCUUAUAUUAUGGGUGGCUCAGACAAAGCACAGAAAUGGCAUGUUUACUCUGCCUCGGCUGAUUCAUUGACUCCAACCGACAAUGUUUACACUCUAGAGAUGUGCAUGACGGGCUUAGACAGAGAGAAAUCAUUGGUUUUCUUCAAGGAACAGUCUGAUUCAGCAGCCCAGAUGACUGUCAAUUCUGGCAUUAGAAAGAUUCUUCCAGAUUCUCAGAUAUGUGAUUUUGAUUUCGACCCAUGUGGUUAUUCAAUGAAUUCUGUUGAAGGUGCUGCUGUGUCUACCAUUCAUGUUACGCCAGAAGAUGGUUUCAGCUAUGCAAGCUUUGAAACUGUGGGGUACGACCUGAAAGUGGUGAAUCUGAACGAUUUGGUUGAGAGAGUAUUGGCAUGUUUCCAACCAACUGAGUUUUCUGUAGCUGUUCAUGCGGACAGAGCAAGUAAGUCAUUUGAGCAGAGUUCUUUGCUGGAUGUUAAGGGAUACUGUCGCGAAGAGAGGAGCCACGAGGGGCUUGGAAUGGGUGGUACUGUUGUCUUCCAAAGAUUCGUCAAAACUUGUGACUGUGGUUCGCCUAGAUCAACUCUUAAGUGCUGGAAAGAUGAAGAAGAUGAAGAAGAGUAGUUCAGUGUCUUUAUGGUCCUUCUUUUAAUUAAAAAUAAGUCUGGUCUUCCAGGCAUUGAUGUACUUGUUAUCUCGUGGUUUUCAUUUGUUGUCCGUUUUUAGACUUGUUUGUGUGGAAGGUACACCUAUUGGUCUUUACUUUUGAACAUCAAAGCAUUUGGUUUGAAUCCAUUUCGAUGGCUAUUAAGUUUUUGUUUUAACUCAUGUAAUCAAAUAUUUGGGUGAUGUU